GUCUGCAGCAUGUUAGAAAUGGCUCUAUUUGUUUGUUGUGUAACUACGUGGAGAAAUCUGGUUGUAUUUACUUCGAGUUAUAGUUUGUAAAAAGUGAAGUAGAACUUGUGUGUGCAAGUGAAUAAGUCAAUUCGACUAUGUCAAGUUUUAAACAGAUCACAGGCAGCAUCAUGCGAGUGGUGCGUGUCCGCUUCGCAGCCAUGAUCGGGAUCGCUUUCAUGCUCGUCCUCUCUCUGCACAUGCUCCUCUCCGCCUGGAGCAGGAGUCCGACCAUCGAAGAGAUCCAGAAGAGCGACGAGGGCACGGAACAGGCCUGCCGGCAUCCCGAUCUCGAACUCAUCAACCCCCUCAUCCUCAAACAUGUGGUGAAUCUUGGUGAACUGGAUUGUAAACGCGGAAUCAACUGGGUGGAGAUCCAUAAUCAAUCUAUAGUUAUUAACAAAGAUGCCGUCAGGCAGCAUGGUUUUAUUCAUUGUAAAGUUACAUAUUUCCAUCGGCGCGAUGAAUUUGCCGUUGAGACAGGUCAGACGGUUCUUUUGGCUUCGGAUGAAGGACAAAUUCCUUUGAAAGGUGAUUUCUUUCAUGUCAACUGCGAGGCUAAGAACAAAAAGAAGUGGAAAAAUCUAAUGUGUGGAGUCGUUCGAAACCAAACUGCUGUAGCCAGAGCUAAGUCUCUGAAACCACUAGAUGGUGCAAUGAAGUUGAAUGUACUUAUGUUCGGACUGGAUUCCAUGUCUAGGUUGCACUGGAUGCGAAAACUCCCCAAGACUACCAAGUACUUGGUGGAAAAUUUAAAAGCUUCUGUACUGAAAGGCUACAAUAUCGUAGGAGAUGGCACGCCUCAAGCACUUAUUCCCAUCCUUACUGGAUAUACGGAACAGGAACUACCAGAAACUCGGAAACGGAUGAACAAUGCCCAAUUUGUCAACGUCUACCCUUUUGCGUGGAAGAACUUCAGUGCUAGUGGUUAUGUGUCUGCCUAUGGAGAAGAUUCACCUUAUACUGGUACUUUCACCUAUAGGCUGAAAGGAUUUGACGAAAUACCUACCGAUCACUACAUGAGGUCCUUCUACUUGGAGUUGGAAAAGGAAUUUAAAAAUCAUCCAAAAUAUUGCCUGGCGAAUACGCCUCGUCAUGUGGUAAUGAUGAACUGGGUUCGAUAUUUUUACGAUUCUUAUCCAGAUGUUCUUAAAUUUGGAUUCGUGUUCCAUUCCGAGCUUAGUCACGAUGACUACAACCUGGUUGGAUAUGAGGACACGGAUAUUGAAAAAUUUCUGAAGAAUUUGUACACCAGUGGAAUUCUGAAUAAUACGCUUUUGAUUGUCAUGAGUGAUCAUGGGCACAGGUUUGCUAACAUCCGUGAAUCUCAACAAGGCAAGCAGGAGGAACGGUUGCCUUUCUUUUCUAUUGCUCUACCUCCCUGGUUUGAGGAAAAGUAUCCCGUUCAUGCACGGAACCUGCGUACUAAUGAGAACCGGCUGGUGACACCCUUCGAUAUUCACGCAACUUUCAUGACACUUCUGUACCCAGACGUCCCGGUCAAGGGAGAGAUGGGAAGUCGCAGCAUAAGCCUCUUCUCAGAAAUCCCACAGGAGAGAACAUGCAGCAUGGCGUCGAUUGAGCCACAUUGGUGUGCAUGCCUGUCGUGGGCUAAAGUAUCUCCUGAAGACCCUAUAGCCAAAGAUGUUGCUAAAGCUGUGAUAGACUUCAUCAAUGGACUCACAGAAUUUCAAAGAAAAAAUUGUGCACCUUUAGAAAUAAAAGAGCUUUCUAGAAUAGAAAAACUACAGCCCAAUAAAGCUCUCCUAAAAUUUAGGAAAAAUGCUGACAAAGAUGGCUUUGUUGGGGAAUUUUCAGACAACACACAACUGAGUGAAAUUAUUUAUCAAAUUCAAAUACGAACUUCCCCCAAUAAUGGAGUUUAUGAAGCUUCUUUGAAAUAUGAUGUGACAAAGAAAGAAUUCAGUGUCAAAGAACAUGAAAUAAGUCGUGUAAAUAUGUAUGGCAACCAAGAACAUUGUAUUCAUGAUACAUAUCCAAAUUUAAGGAAGUAUUGUUAUUGUAGAGAACAAUUAUGAAAAGAGUUUCCUUGCCAUUUUCCCCACCUACCAUUUUUUGUGAGAGAAAAAGUAUUAAUGAGUUGUUGAUGCUACUACUUAACUAAUGAAUCAAUUAUUUUGUUAUAUUUUAUUGUAUUAUUUUAUGCAUUUCAGAAUAUAAAAGGUUGUAUUUGAUCAUUCAACACUGAGUUGGUCCCAGGCUUAAGUGGCGUAGCCAAAGG